GGUCAGUCUCUGCUUAGGUUUCCUUUCGACCGCAGCCAUGGCGUCAAAGCCCAAAGGGGCGGGUCCCAAGUCGAAGGCUGGUCGACAAUUGGACCAUAAUUGGGACUGCUUGUCCCGUGAUGACAUCUACCGACAACGGGUACUUGGCACUGAGUCUGGAACAACCCAGUUCAUCAAAAUGGAUGACAAGAAACAGCUCAGCGUUUUGUCCAUGAUCGUCUACAUCAUUCUGAUCAUCGCAGCCAUGAAUUUUGUUUGGAAGGAAGGGGUGAUCGAGAGCAAGUUCGUGGUGACGCAGGCGGUGGAGCAGUGGAUCUCGAGUCGAUCCUACGAGCUCAGCCUAGGGCCGAAGUAUUUCAGCGACAUCGACAGCCUGGAGGACGCUGAGGACUGGCUGCUCUACGCGUUGCCGGUCAUCAUCGCUUCCCCGGAUCAGCAGCAGAACUUCCCGCUCUACGGGGUGCGGUUUUCUCUUCGGAAGGUGCUGGAGGUGAACAACACCGAGCCGCGCUUCCAGAACUUGGCCAAGGUCACCUGGAAGGACAAGGUGGGCAUCGAAGCCUCGAGACGAGUCUCCGGCUCAAGUGGAGGCUACGAGAACGACGACUUCGCGAGCUUCGGGGCCUUCAGGGAGUUUGGCUUCAACAGCCCCAACGCCGGAUACUACCUGAGCGGCCAAGCCAGUGAGGAAGAGGUAAAGAACUUCUCCCUGGGCCUGCAGUGGUGCUCGGAGCCUUACUCCACCUGCUCCGGGCAGCUGAUAGGCACAAUGGCCUUGAGCGCCACCAAUGCCUCGGACGCCGUGGACAGCUGCAACUUUCAGUGCCAGCAGAUGGAGCGGGAUGGGCUUUUGUGCUACUGCUGGACUCUGACCUCUACGGAGUGCCAGUUCUACCACGUGCCCCAGGAAUUGCUGGUGAGCACGCCCCCGACGGCAGCCUGCUGGAACCACAGCGAUGUGGUGAACGUCUACCCAAGCCUCAACACCAAGACCAACGGAAGGACAGCCUACUUUCCGCUGAUGAAGCGCUUCGUUCACACCAGCCAGCAGCCGAAAGCUCAGUCCACCUACUUUGCGGAUGCCUAUGGCGGAAGCCAAGGCUUUCUCAGCGGGCUCCACUACUGGACGCAGGACGAGAUGGACACGUUCACGGCGAGGAAGCGCAACCUGUCAGGUGUGGCCACAAACAGGCCGGUCUCGUCCUCCCAGGGGCUCUUGUUCGCCCAGCUUAACGACUGGAUGAAGGGAGGCUUCCUGGGGCCCACGGCAGGAUAUCUGGUGGUGGACUGGCUGAAUUGGAACCCCAACCACGAGAUCGUGAGCUGGGUGGUGCUCAAGUUCCAGGUGGAGGCCUCUGGCCUGGUGGGAUGCACGCGCAGCAUCAACCACCUGGUGAUCCCGGAGUCUGACGUGGAGGUGGUGCGCAGGGAUCCGGGGAACAUGCUGUGGCCUGGGUUUAACGUGUGGCAUGCCGUCUACAUCCUGCUGGUGGGCUACUUGGUGUGCAAGGAGCUGUACGACUUGGCGCUGACGGGGACCAAGUACUUCUCCUCCGGUUGGCAGCUCAUCACCGGCACCGGCCUCCUGCUACACCUCGCGGUCAUCGGCCUGAGGUACUACCACCACAGCGUGUCAAAGUUCACCGAGAGCCUCGCGACCUCGGGCGCGGACAGCUUCACUCCAGACAUCGCCGUCUUCGAGCAGGAGGCGGUGGCCUGGAGCGAUUUCAUCUUGGCCUCGUGCUUCAUGAUGGUCUUUCUCUUCGGCUCCUUUGUGCAAUACCUCAGCGAUCAGAUCCCCCGCAUCGCGGUGUUGGUGGAUACCGUCAGCAGGUCCAUCACGCCGGUCUUCUUUCUGGUGAUCAUCCUCUGCGACGUCUUCCUUGGCUUUGUGAUCUGGUGCAAUCUGCUUUUUGGCAAGACCGUGCGGGAUUUCACCACCAUCCCAAACAGCGCCAUCUCCCUCACGGAGAUGAUCUUUGGGCGGUUGGAUGUGGUGGAGGAGUUGAGGCAAGCCUUCCCGCUCACCGGCUUCCUUUUCUACCUCUCCUUCAUGGUCUUGUUCUUCUUCAUCCUGCAGUACCUCAGCCGCGCCAUCGUCUUGACCUCCUUCGAUGAUGCCAGCAGGAGCUUCGAGGACAAGAAGAAAAAGCGGCAGGCGGCAAAGCAGGGCUCUGUGGACCAGCUCACGAAGCUGUGGAAGCGCCAGGUGGCCUGGGCGAAGCAAGUCUUUGGGCUCAGCAGCCACCACCAGAAGCACCUGAACUUUGAGAACCUCCACGCGAAUUACCAGACCCAGAAGUGGGGCCUCAUCCCUUUCACGCUCUUCUGCGCGAUCUACGUGACCUUUGUGUCCAUGGUUCUCUGGGUCCCGGAGUCCCACGCGGUGGUGGCCUCGCUGAGCCACGCGCUGCGGUUCCCCACCUUCGGCAAGCCCAACGCCCUCUCCCUGGAUCUCGACCAUGACAUGUCCUUCGACCGCAUCGAGACGCGAGAGGAUGUGCUGAUUUGGCUGGCGGGUGCCUUUCCCUCGGCCCUCUACUCCUCCACGGAAGGCGGGAACGAGUUGUUGAACUACGCGGCCUCGCCCAGCUAUAACCAGGUAGUGAUCAAUGAUUGGAACAUCCUGCUGGGCCAGUCCCCAGUACGCCUGUCCCUGCAGUAUGACAAGAUGGUUCAGGUGUCCAAUGGGAGCGUCACCACCCGCUUCCCGGUGCCCCAGCUGAUCCGCAGCAAUGCGCCUGCCACCAGCAGCGCCGAGGUUGUGGACGACCGCGCGCGUGCGGUCCUGGAGAAGUACUGCGGGGGCUACAAGGAGGACGUUGGCUUCAGCUGCAUGCUUUCGGUGGAUAAGGAGGUCACCAUACCUACGCUGAAGCACAUGCGGCUGGAUCCCAUCGCCACCAACCAAACCCGGAAGCUCACGGCGGACUUCGUGGCCUACAACGGGAACAUCGACUCCUUCUUCCAUGUGGGCGUUGUCUUCGACUUCUCACCCAGUGGCUUCAUCGACAAGACCAUCAACAUCGGCGCCCUGAAGCUCCCUGACGUCUCCACGAUCUGGUUCCUGCCAAGGCUUUUCAUGGAGAUCGCCAUCAUUGCCUUCACCGUGGUUCGGCUGGUGCUUUGCCUCCGCGCCUUCUACAGGGUGGCGCUCGCAGCGGUGCGCAAGAGCGACGCCAAGAACAUCAGGGAGCGUCUCUUCGUGGUGUGCCAGGUCAUCGUCUACUACGUGCUGGGGAAUCCCUUCAUCCUUUUCGACUUCCUGAGCGCCAUUUCGACCGUGGUGACCAUGGUGAUGUGGUACAUGCUUGUCCUGAAGCCCCUUACUCAGAACUUCUACUUCGCGGAGACACCGAUUUGGACCGCCUCCCAGUGUUCGCUCACGGGACUUUGCAGUGACGAGGAGGCCAUCUCCAUCUUCGCAGCGACGAGUCAGCAGAUGAGGUUCUUUACGCAGGUCUGUGCAGCAAAUACCAUCUUCCUCUUUCUCUGCUACCAGAAGUACCUCUCAGCCUUCCCGCACGGCAGGCUGAUCGCCAAGACCAUGCUGCGGGGCAUUGCGGACAUCGCUUGCUUCCUGGUUGUCAUGGUGGUGCUGCUCAUGGGCUAUGUUGCCAUGGGGCACACCAUCUUCGGCACCAUCAUGGAGGACUUCUCGACCCUGAGCUAUUCGGUGAUCACCUGCUUCCAGAUGUUCCUGGGCACCUUCCGCAGCUUCGAGGCGAUGCGCCAGGCGAACUCCUUGGCGUAUUACUUCUACUGGUACUCCUACAUGGUCCUCUUUAGGUACGUCUUGGUGAACAUGUUCUUCGCUAUCAUCGCUAAGCACUUUCAGGAAGAGGACAAGGAGAUGGAGGAGAGAAUGCUGGAGGAGUGGAUUGGUGGGUGUGCAGAGGGUUGCCGGACCCGCGAGCUUUGGGCGCGCUCUGAACGCCGGACCGAGACAUCCAGGCUGAGUUUCCGAUCAAGCGUCGUGAGCGCAGCAAGGUCCAGCAUCAGUAGCUUCAUGAAGCGGGACCAUCCGGCCGCCAUGGUAGAGGUGGACUUUGAAGCGGAUGUGGUGCCAGACCCAACGGAAGGAGAUGAUGCGUCCAUGACCUCGCCCAUCACCGCCAGCCGGGGCGGAGGUGACACCCCCAUGGGUUCGGUGGCAGAGAGGCUGGACGAGGGCGUGUCUCAGGAGAUUUCCGAGCCUAACUGGAAGCUGUUGCCAGAGGACACCAGGAAGUGGGCGCUGGAGAGGGCGGAGGACAUCUUUAGCUUCAUCCAGGAGAAGAGCACUCAGCGCGAGGAGCUCGAGAGAAAGCGCAAGGAAACCUACGACAUUGACCGCAUCCUGGAAGAGACCGAGGGCAAGAUCCAGGAGAUGGCGCUAAUGCGAGCCAGGGAGGCGGAGAAGGUGAAGUUCGACUUUGGGCGCCGCGAGCUGCGGUCCUUGAAAGGCAUCCACCAAGACCAGGAGAGCCUGGCCUGGUACAUCAUGAAGCGGGAGGUGGAGCUCAAGAAGCUGGAGGAAGCCAAGUUGGUGAAGCAAGACCGCUACGAGAAGAUGGUGAAUGCCACUCAGUCCCUCAUUGCCACCCAGGAGCAGGACGAGGAGACUUGACUUUCGGCUCAUUCUACGCUUUCGAGCGUGCGCUUGCAGACCGCCAGGGUAGCCUCUCGUCUGGGGGGCCCGA